CCUAUGCACCAGCUCCCCACCCCAUGGCUCCUCCCAGCCCCAGCACAAACAGCAGCAGCAACAACAGCAGCAGCAACAGCAGCGGGGAACAGUUGAGUAAAACCAACCUGUACAUUCGAGGCCUCCCACCAGGCACCACUGACCAGGACCUAAUCAAGCUGUGCCAACCGUAUGGAAAAAUUGUAUCGACAAAGGCAAUUCUUGACAAAAACACAAAUCAGUGCAAAGGUUACGGUUUUGUGGAUUUUGACAGUCCCGCAGCCGCCCAGAAAGCGGUAGCGUCUCUCAAGGCCAAUGGGGUGCAGGCACAGAUGGCCAAGGUAAGACUGGGGGGUUUUAGGUUGUUUGCUUUGUGAUCAUA